AUGGGUGUCACCGGCCUCUGGACAGUAGUCCAGCCCUGUGCUCGCCCCAUCAAGCUCGAAACCCUUAAUAAAAAACGUCUGGCGGUCGACGCGUCUAUCUGGAUCUACCAGUUUCUCAAAGCAGUACGUGACAAGGAAGGCAAUGCGUUACGAAAUUCCCACGUCGUUGGGUUCUUCCGCCGAAUCUGCAAGCUCCUAUAUGUUGGUAUCCUCCCGGUCUUCGUCUUCGAUGGCGGUGCGCCAGUUCUUAAGCGAGAAACAAUCAACAGACGAAAGCGAAGACGAGAGGGCCGACGAGAGGAUGCAACUCGAACUGCCGGGAAGCUGCUUGCGGUACAGAUGCAAAGGAUCGCUGAGGAGGAAGCCGAGACGCGAAGGCAGAAUAAGAAACGAGCCCGAGAAGACGAGGAAGAGGUCACUGGGGCUCCGGUAUAUGUGGAAGAGGCUCUGAUGACCGACAGGGAGAAGCAGCAAAACCGUAAAUUCAAGAAGACAGAUGCAUAUCACCUUCCAACCCUGGAAUCAUCCCUGGAAGAAAUGGGGGCUCCGAAUGAUCCACGGAUUAUGUCGCAGCUUGAGUUGGAGGAGUACGCCAGACAAUUCCACCAGGGUCACGAUAUCAACCUUUACGAUUUUUCCAACAUCGACUUCGAUAGUCCCUUCUUUCUGAGCUUGCCAGCUACUGAUCGGUACAAUAUCCUGAAUGCGGCCAGACUGAGGAGUAGACUCCGAAUGGGAUACUCCAAAGAACAACUAGAUGUCAUGUUUCCAAACCGUAUGGAUUUUUCGAGGUUUCAGAUUGAGCGAGUUAAGGAACGCAAUGACCUGACACAACGACUCAUGAAUAUCAACGGCAUGAAUGGAGAGGAGGCAUUUUACAUGUCUGGACAACGCGUGGCCGGCGAACGUGGUAGAGAAUACAUUCUUGUUAAGGACAGCCAAAAUGCGGGCGGUUGGGUUCUUGGUGUGGUGGGGAAUAAACGUGAAGGUGAAGAGGAUAAGCCAAUUGACGUGGAUAAAAUUGGUAUUACAGAAGUACUUUCAGAACACGAUUCGGAUGAAGAUUCGGAUCAGUUCGAAGAUGUCCCUAUCGAAGGACUCAAUCGCUUGCCUAAGCUUCCGUUCCUUCAAGCUGGAGUCUUUGACUCAUCGCUCUCACAGCCGGCCGUGUCUUAUGGGAUGAACGUCACCUCACAAAAGUCACCGGAAGGAGAUAUUGAAGAUGAUGCGCUCUUUGUUCCUGCCAACGAAGACCUACAACUACGGAAUACAAAUAUCCAGGAGGACUUGGAAACAGAAGAUGAUGAUGAUCUCCGGAGAGCGAUAGCAUUAUCGAUGCAGAUUGAUGAAAGCGAAGAUUACGAUAUACCCGAUAUUCCGAUCAACCGACCAAUGGAUCCCCAAAUAUCAUCUGAGAUUAUGCCAGAUUUUCCAGAUUUUCCAGAUUUCCCACUGGAUGAAAGCGAUGACGAUGCGAUGGACUUUACCGCUGCAGUGGCACAGACCAAGGUUGUUCAAAAGCCUCAGCCCGCAUCCCACUCAUUCGAUGGUCCGCUACCCUUUGCAUCAAUAAAACUCACAAAGGCUCCAAAUCCCAAUGAAAAGGCCGGCGAUGAGGGAAAUGCAGGUGGAUUCGUGAAAGACGCUCCGUCAAAGUCAAAGAAGGCAGAGCCUCUUCCUCCUUGGUUUUUCGAAGGGAAAAUAAAGCAACGCUUUAUGGAGGAACCGAAUUUUGAGGAGUUUAGUAGAGAUAAAGAGGAGGAAACAGAGCCUGACCAUCUGUUUCUGUCCAACCGUCGUCCUCCAGAGAUCAUUGAUGUUGAUGACAUACCCGAUGAGAAACAACCUAUCGACUUGGAUGAACAUGGCAAGAAGGCGGCUGAUAUACCCGAAGUUUUGACUGUCGAUGAGCUGCAACCCGUAUCUCAUAUCAUCGACAUCUCGACCUCUGUCGAUGCCCGGCCCCAGCAAUUUGAAAGUCCGACCUUAGAUCAAAAUACAGAAAUCGACACUGGAGACCACUCCUCCAUCGUAUCCUCCCCCGAGCCGGAGUUUGAAGAUGUUCUACCUGAAACUAUCGUACAAGUACCCGAAAUCAUUGAACCAACUAGUACCAUGAUGACUACUCAGUACACCGAAUCUCAGGAGCAGAGUCUGGCCCAUGAACCAAAUUUGGAAGACACUUUCGACAUGAGUGACCCUGAAGAGGAAGAGCUUAUGCAACAACUUGCUGAGGAAACCGAAGAGCAUGCCCGAUUUGCACAGGCCUUGAAUUCAGCGGUAGCGGCCCAGACCACACAAGAUUACGACCAAGAGCUCAGGCAGCUGCGUAGUCAACAACAGAAAGAUCGGCGUGAUGCUGAUGAAGUGACUCAAAUCAUGAUCAAUGAGUGUCAACAGCUACUCAAACUAUUCGGGCUUCCCUAUAUCACAGCCCCUAUGGAGGCUGAAGCACAAUGCGCGGAACUGGUAUCCCUGGGCCUUGUCGACGGUAUUGUCACCGAUGAUAGUGACACGUUCCUAUUUGGCGGUACUCGAGUCUACAAGAACAUGUUCAAUCAAAGCAAAUAUGUGGAGUGCUACCUAAUGUCAGAUUUCGAAAAGGAAUAUUCUCUGCACCGCCAGAAACUCAUCAGUUUUGCUCAUCUACUGGGUAGUGAUUAUACAGAGGGUAUUUCCGGCAUUGGUCCCGUGACGGCACUGGAAAUAGUGACGGAGUUCUCCAGUCUCGCUGAGUUUCGUGACUGGUGGACACAGAUUCAAAUGGGUGUCAAUAAUCCAGAUGAUACCCACCUCGCCUUCCGAAAGAAAUUUCGAAAGAAGGCAUCGAAAAUAUUUUUACCCCCAGGAUUUCCUGAUGAGCGGGUCGAAAACGCUUAUCUCGAACCUGAAGUUGAUUCUGAUCCUUCGCAGUUCCAAUGGGGUGUGCCAGACCUCCAUGGUCUGAGACAUUUCUUGAUGGUGACGAUCGGGUGGAGCCAGGAGCGUACCGAUGAGGUUCUAGUGCCAGUGAUUCGAGAUAUGAAUCGGAGACAGGAUGAAGGCACUCAGUCCAACAUCACCCAAUUUAUGCAAGGUCCUCAAGGUGCAGGCGCAUUUGCACCCCGAGUCCGUAGCACUGGCAAGAGUCGCAUGGAAAAGGCGUUUGGUCGACUUCAGCAUCAAGCUCAAAUCUCCCGUGGUUCACAUAAUGCAGAUAACCAAGCGAGCAAUGCGGCGAACUCCGCUCAAUGA